GCUUAACAUCUGAUAUUGCAUAACUUUUUUUUUUCUUCUUUUAUCUUUAUCCUUUUCCUUAUGGUGACUGAAGUAGCUUUAUCUGCAUCCAACACUGACAGCACUAUUCAUGUGUGGGAUAUUCGCUCUGGGUCGAGCCUUUUCUCGUUCAAGCAAAGCCAAUCAGUCAAAGGUGGCCUUACACUUGUUCCUAAACCAGGCAACACCUUUCAAGUGGGAUCUGUCGUCAGUGCUCAAACCGAUCGAGCGAUCCUCAACGUGUAUCAGUUUCAUAAAGACCAAAUUAUGCACAAAAUGAUUACAAGUGAAAAGAUGAUUAGUGUGGCUGCCUCUCAUCAAGGCCAGUACUUGGCAGCUGCCACUGCUACAGGCAAGGUGUAUUUGUGGCAUAUACCCACUGGUCAUUUGAUGCGUAUGUUUGAAGCUCACUAUCGACCUGUUCAUCGCUUGGUAUUCAGUCAUGAUGAUGCUACACUAUUAACAGCCAGUGAAGAUGCCUCAGUCAAUGUCUGGCUGUUGACUCACUUGAUAGAAGAAGAUAGACCAGCGCCCUUAUAUUCUUGGUCAGACCAUACAUUGCCAGUGACUGACCUCUAUGUCGGACAUGGACAACUAUCAGGCGCUCGAGUAUGUACGGCAAGUUUAGAUCAUACGGUCAAGCUUUGGGAUAUGGCAACAGGUCACCUUUUGACAACUUUCUUAUUUCCUAAACCAGUAUCAAGCGUGGUUUUACACCCUUCAGAAACGAUGAUAUUUGCAGCAUGUGAAGACAAAAUUUACUCUGUAGACCUGUACAGACGUCGACAAGAUCAAACUUAUGAAAGUGUAGGAGGUAUGGGUCGAGUAGAGUCUGUGGGCAUCAAAGAUCAUUAUCAGGAUAAACCCAACCUGGGUACUGUGUUCAGUGGACACAAGGGCACGGUCAACUCUCUCAGCUUAUCAUUUGAUGGAACUCUAUUGAUCUCUGGAGCAGAAGAUGGUGAAUGUAUUGUCUGGGAUGUCAUCAGUCGACAAAGUUUACGCACAUUUGGACUGCACAAAGGGCCCGUCACACACGUCUCUUGCUUUUUGAGACCUAUAGAAUUACAACCCAAUGCACCACAGAAUAUCGUACCCAUGCCAUGGGCUCCCUUGAAGCGUAUGAUGGUUACAUCUGAAGAAGAGCGUCGUAGCGCCUCACUGCAAAUGAUUCAAAAUACAUCUACUGAUUUACUGAAUCAAUACCAAUCUAUAGAAGAAGGCACUUUCUACCUAGAGUCUGAAAGAUCCAAGGCCAAGCAGGCAUCGGCCAAUAUGAAACAGUUGAAACCAAGUGACGCGAAUGAAUCUCUUCAGAGUCAAGUAGAGACACUUCGAUCCGAACUAUUAAAGGUUAAUGCACACUACCAAAAGUCAAAAUCUUUGCAGAAGCAAAUGUACGAUACAAUUGUAGAUAAAUUCAUGAAUGAACGAAAAGAAAAUAAGAAGCGAAAAUUACAAGACGAUGAAGAAGAAGAAGAUGAUGAUGAUGAGGAAAAUGAAGAACAAACUGUAUAA